AUGACGGCUAAGCUCUUCGCGUUGGCUCUGCUGGCGAAUCUGGCCUUGGCAGAUGUUUGGAUGGCGCCUGUUAAGACGGACGAAAACGGUGAGUAGGUCACAGGGCUUCCAUGCCCGCACGUUUGACUCGCUAUGUACCUGCAUGAACUCGCCUGUUUUACCGAUUAUCACAAGGGCGCACUGCAUUCAGGUCAACUUUUCCAACUAGGCUGCCUUAAUAUUAAGAAUGUACACAUUGUUGAUUGUGAUAGAUUAGCUUUAGUGUGCCCACUUCAAUGGGUAAAAGAAACGUCAAGAAAUUCCGAUGGCCACCUCUGCCAUACUUGCCGUCAUCAGUUAGUCCUAUUCUACCUCGGGAACGUUAGCACUUGAGAUCUGGACCCGGCUUCAGUCGGAGUCACCCUCCAACGGCUGGAACAACGGCCAUACACUUUACGUAAACGUUCUUAUCUUUGUGUUGAAGAAGGAGACACGAUCGCCAGGACAAGAGCUUUAUUAGCCUGACGUUUCGGAUUCCUACUCGAAUCCAUCAUCAGAGACAAAAGAGCAGAAACGGGUGGUUGUUGCACAAGGGGCUGACUGGCUCGUUAGUGGAAUUGAGAGGGGGAAACUGUCUACUCUUUCGACUGACAAGACUUAGUGUGGAGAUGUUGAGCACUCAGUUCCCAGAGGUUUUUCCACUGAAAUGCAAAGUUCUUUUCUACAAUAACUUAUCAAAGCAGAUAAAACCGUCAAGAUACCCGGUGGACGCUCCUUCUAACCACAACCGGGAUUUGUUCAAGCAACUAUUUCUGUAAAUAUCGAAUGAAACCACAGGCCAAAUGCCAGAAAAUGGUCCUCUAUGUCUCAUAAGAUACCUCCCCUAAUGCAUUGGCUAAGACCAGCUUUUUUACUGCAAUACAUUAAGCCUCAUUUAGAGAAAGGAAGGAACCCUAUCGAAUUAGGUCUGCGCUGAUACGUAACUUUAAUCGGUGAUCUGCUUAUUCCUUUUUCACAGGAAACAAAUACAUUACGUUCGGCGAUAGGAAGUUCUACCUCAGGGACGGUGAGGACGCAGAAGAGACGCUGGUUGUGAACGACUGUGUAAUUGACCUGGACCUGAGACUUACGAGUGACCCUCCGUUUGAAAACUUUCGUCAGGGACGUCGGUAAGUCAUAAUUUAUCAGCUUGGUGCUGACCGUAGGGUCGCAAACGAAAAGUAUUGUGACAGUUAAAAGUAAGACGUAUUUCUUUUAAACACGUCUGAUCAGAUCAAGUAACAAUGUAUCUGAGGGGACGCCGUUUACCACCGGAGGUUUUGCAGAGGUGUAGCGCCGGUUUGUGUCAGCCAGGCACACUCACGACGGUCAUUCUGCCAGUAAAUCCGCCUUGAUGCAGUAAAUUCAGUUAUACUUACGGGCAGAAGUAAUUUAGCCGGGGUGUUUUAAUUUUGAUGGUCUGAGCUGUCCGCUGUAAGUACGAACGUCGAGGGCGGAUAGUAAAUUCCAGUAGUUAAUCACCGCAACGUUCUCCUGUCUGCAGGCCGAAAAUGGCUGGUAACCUAUUGUCCUCGAGCGCCGGGGAGUACAGCUUGUGCAGGUUGUUACACAGGAAAGAGCAUCGAACAGUCAGAGGAGUAAGGGAAUACCAUACUAAAGGCACAGGUACUAGCCAAAAGCCCAUACACGCGUAAUAUUCACUAUCUGCCGACAAGCAGCUAGUAGUAUACUUUGGGGUAAGAGGAUACCAUACUAACAGCAUAGGUACGAGCCAAAAGCGCAUACACGCGUGUUUCGCCGAUAUUCUGCCGCUGGGGGACCCACUGAUGAGCCGAACCUCUCGCAACGGUAUCAUGCAGCGGCAGAAUAUCGGCGAAACACGAGUGUAAGAGCUUUUGGCUGGUACCCGGGCUGUUGAUAUGGUAUUCCCUUAUCCCAAAGUAUACUACUAGCUGCUUGUCGGCAGUUAGUGAAUACUAUGCGGUUACCCGUUAUGCCUGAUGGCUUUUGGCCUAAAUAUUCAUGCAGAAAACUUCGGUCUGAGCCUAUAGACCUAGAAUAAACUGAUCUUCUCUAACUUUGUAGAUAAUUUCUGAGGAAAUUAAAAAGCAACAGUCAGAAGAGUGCUACGGUCAGGUAACACUGUUUGUUCUAUACCACAAUAGGUAGAACUUGAACGCUGUGGCUGAAGUAGUAAGAGCAUUUGACUUAAAUUUCAAGUGACACACUGGACCUUGGUCCAGCUGGGCGCCAGCACCCAGCAGUGGGCCAUCGUCAACCGAGAGCAGUAAUUUAACUAGAAAUGACCAUUCCGGUGUCUUUCGUUUUAGCUUGCAAUAAUUCCUCAGGGAGAAUGUUGACAGUAUUUUACAGGGCUGCCAGGGCGACAAUGAUACAGGAAUGAUAACCAGUAAGUAGGUGUUUUGACAGGUUUGGAAUAAUUCAUUUUGCCCCAAACGUGAAAAACACGACGACCUCAGUGGGAUUCGAAUCCACGGCGGCAGGGGUAACUUGACCCACAUGUAAUGAAACUCAGGGCUCCCAGUGGGGUGUAGAAGCUGAGGUGGCCAGAGCCGUUGGCUGCACUGAAGCCUUCCCCGCUCUAUCUUGGAUUCGAAUCCCACCGACGUCGUCAAGUUUUUCAGAGUUGGGUCAAAACACAUGAUCAUUAAGCGUUGAAUUCUUCGGUAUUCCCAGCGACGCGUAUAAGCCAACAUACAGAUUGCGGUUUGCAUACUUGUUGCUCGGACCAACGAAGGAUUCAACAGUGGAUACGCCUGCCAAUGAAAUCUUUAGUCAGUUUUCAUUCAAACGAGUCAAAUUUCCCGCCUAAGUUUAGAUGAAGAAACUAGUUAAUUAAAAGAACAUGGUUCAUGCCGAAAAAGGGUACAACAGGAGAAGGGAAGUGCCAACAACGGGGAGCAGAAUUGAAAGCACUUAAGAGCGGGAAGUGGAGAACUCCAAAUGUUGACCAGAAGGAUAUAACAAAUCUUUUGAAUAUUUAUGAUUGAGACUUGCCGUCAGUGUCACAGAACUGUACAUUAGUCAAGGUGAACAUGCCUGGACUGGCCUCAAGUCUUAUUUCCCAAGGCUAGCCUCAUUUGAUUAUCUGGCUGUCGUUGAAGCCAUACCUUUCUACCAGAGCUUACUCACCACACAAACAAUGCUUACGAAAGACCAAAAUUAGGUCGGCAGGUGAAAGCGGAUUUAUAAUUUCAAGUCUGACAGGCAGCCCAACGAUUGAGUAUGCGUGCAAGCAUAGUAAAAUUUUAACACUGCUCCUUUUUGUAUUUACGUUUGUGACGGAUGUUUUUUUCCAGCAGAUCGGAUCUUGAGGAUGCCACUGUUGUUUUUGUAUCCAAAACGCUAACAUCCUGUUGUCCUCAAGUCAGCCGGAGGAAGCGAUUAUCCCAAAAGGCACACUGUAAUCUGUUGGAUAAGGGUGCAAGGCGAAUGGCCGUCGGACACUAGAAUAGCCGGGUGACUGGAGGAGCAAUUAUCGCUAUUAUUGAUGGCCGUUAGAUACAUGACGAUUAAAGCGACUAGAGGUCUAUAAACAGGGGAACUACUUCAGAAGUUAUUUCCGAUGACCUACCGCGUAGCCUGGAGAACGCACAAGUGAAAUUACUGCUUACUCGGUCAAUCGAAGGAUGUCCACUUUACAUACAGCAGGUUAAAAGCAAACAAAGGGAAGGAGGGGCAGAGACAAAUAGUGGCGCGCUAUUUGGAACGACUAAUGCAUUCGACGGACAAUUGGUUUUUCAGUUGCUUCCCGCAAAAUAAAAGGUUUACAGGGGAAAGUAGGCAGAAGGAAUAAAAGAAGAAUCGAAGGCAAAAGACAAAUCUUGGAAACCUGGCAAACUUUUAGGUCAGAGACUGGUAUUGCCCCUGACGGUAUGAAUAUUAGGGAAGAAUAAAGUUUUCUAAUAUGGGAACAGGCGGAAUGGUAAUUGGAAGACCAUGUUUUUGCAUGGGUUCUAGGCGUGGGAUGAAAGGAGGAUAUCAGAGAAUUAUAAGUUAUCAUGUCACUAUAAUGAGUCGAUUACUCAGAGGCUAAAUAUGAAAGCACAAUCGAGACGCUUCCGGCAAUUCACCAAUGUGCUGUCUCUAGAGGAUUACUCGCAGGUACUCUUUUGUUCCACAUGAAGGCGUUGCUUCAUCGACCUGACUGAAGGACCUACUCGUUGUUUUUGCCUUUUAGCUUUAGUCUGCACACAGUCACAUAGGAAAAAGGAGUAAAUAAUUCAGAAGGAAUAUAGAUGAAGACUUGGAUAUCCCUUUAUGGUUAAAAUGCGGCUAUCGGGGAUUGACACAUGGUCGGUCUACGCCGACAGAUGUUCCAGAAAUUAUCAUUCCAGCAGGUUUAAUCUUUGUCCAUGUGCCUCCAGCCAUAUUUAAUCAAGGGACAGUGCACAGUGUUCAACAGGAGAUCCAUAUGCAUACAGUUAAAGAAUUUUGCACUAACGGUGGUAAGUCCUUAUAGAGUUUUAAUUCACAAACCUAAAGACGAAAUAUUUGCACACCAAAUCUCCUUAUUGUUAAGCUAAACGGUUUAGUAUGACAGGUCGAUUUUAAAAAAUGGGGCAAAUAAACAGCUGUCCUACAGCCCGAGUGAAACCCGGUGUACAAGACUAGAAGUAGAAAGUUAACUUGUCAGUAAACCUGUCGUUACUUUUUUGAAGACAAAUGCGAGCAUCUUGAUUAAAACGUGGAAUUAUAUAUGGUCGUGGAUAGCUGCGUAUGGGUUGAUUUGAAGCGUCCAGCGUUUUUCAGGGAUUCGUAAGGGGUGACAUCCAAAGAGACUCGCCCUAUGUCGGAUAAAUCACAAAUUGCUCUAGGAAGUCUGUUGUACAGCGUAUAGAGGGUUACCUUGAAGGUCUUCCUCGCAACAGGAUUGGCUGACUUCCAACACCAUCAGAGGUUUGUUAUUUUCUUUUUUAAAAAUUCCUGUGAAAUGCUGUUCGCUUUCACGUAGGCUCUAUGGAAACAGCUAACUUUCCAACUGGACGGGUGUAGGUGUUAUCCAUUUUUUGCGGCGACAAAACUUAGACGCAGAUAGGAUUUCCUCUGUGAUCAAAACGAGUAAAGUCCCCGCUGAGGUCAUUUAGGCAUAUGACAUCAAGAAAAUCAGCCUACACCCUCGUACAGCAAGGAAAUGCCCACUGUAACUAGCAUCUGACAACCGACGCCAUCCUAACUAUCUAACACCGAUUAGUUUCCUAAAAAUCUCUGAACAGCAUGCGAGUUAUGCUGUGCGCCCAGUCUUUUAAUUUUGUUAAGAUUAAAUUUGAGAAUAUGCAAAUAUGCUGCUGAGACAUUGGAAGAUAGAAGAAAUUACCUAAAGAAACAUUGCGUGGGCAUCAACCGGUAUAUAGUAAAAAGGAUGAUAGAGGUGUGACAGAGGACACAAAAGACCACUGACUACCGUUGGACUUUCCAGCCUCAUCGAUGGAGCCUGCGAAAUCGGCGCCUGACUACUGUUUAAGCCUGCGAAAUCGACGCCUGACUACUGUUUGAGUUCACUUUUCCGUCCAAAAAUAGAAAAAGGUGAAUAUGGGUAUGGUCUUCCUGGAAGUCAAAUAAUCCUUUGAGUGGGAUAAGAUCUGCGGACAAAGAGACAGGUAAAGGACACAGAGUUCGAGUUAAGAACAGACAUAAACAUCGAACGUGAAGACCGGGACCGGAAAAAUGUCUGUCUCAGGCAGUUUGACCGAUCCAAUGUGAUAAUUUAAAAAGAAAAAUUUUGUGCCGUAGGGUCGGAAAACGGGCAAAACCUAUAUAAUACAAACGCAUAAUGCAUGAGGUCCAUUAAGAUGAAAAAAGACAAAGAUUAAACGAAAAUGUCUCUACAGAAACAGAAGUCAGUAGCCCACCCAUUGAGUGAAUAAUACCCGAAGACAAUGCUGAGAUAGGGCUCUUGGAGACUGAUGUGAAAACCACCGCGAAAAAUCGGCAGGAACAAAAAAUGAACUAUUAUCUUAAAUCUCGGACUACAGAGCAGUGGACUUUACUAAAUUAUAGAAAACGCUGACAUCCCUCGAUAAAAUGCUACGAGUAAUUAGUGUAAAAAUAUUUGCGUCCAAUACGUAUUUCAUUUAUUGUCUCUUCGGACCUAAUUUCCUCUUUAGAAUUUGCAAAAGCAUGAUGCACGGAGUCCCCGAGGAGGCCUGGAAAUCCUAUGUCAAAAGUCGCCUGGGUGAGAGGAAUGAACAAAACGGCAGAGCCAAUUAUCAACUUGAUGCCUAG